AUGAAGAAGACAAAUUGGAUACCGAGCCUUCGUAAGAACAAACCAGACUGUAUGGAAAGUCUCUAUCACUACUCGCCUCGCAAGAGCUAUGGGAUGUUUCGACUUGUUGUCUCUCUCCUAUGCUAUCUUCUCUGCGGAUCAAGUAGGGCAAGUGAACUGGAGGGCUGGCCGAUCGAGAAUAUUGACUUGUUUCUCACACAACAUGACGACGUAAGACACGAGGUUUUCAAGAUGAUCAGAGCCCAUCCUAAGGAAACACGUUUUGAAAAGCCAGUGUCCGAUCCAGGAAGCCGCUUUCAUGAACAUGAAGAGGGCAAGCCUUGUUCUCAGAUGUUGCGGUGGGUAAACUAG